AUGACAGUUUUACAUACUUCUUUACCGCUGGUAAGAAUGAACUACUCAGCGUUCAACAUGGGCAUGCAUUGUGUACGAACAGUGUCUCUGGCAAGAAGUGGCGGUGCAAAAUUUGUGGGACGGGAUGCAUUAAAUGUAUUUGAUUCAAAAAUUCCUGAUCCAGUGCGUAUUAAAGCAUUCAAAAAUGCAAUAUAUCAGUUUGCCAUGGGUAAAGGGAAGGUUAACUUUUCUCCAAUGGAGAUUAACCUCAUAACUAGUCUAGUUCGUGGAUGUAAAGGAGAAGAUAAGAAAAAUGUGUUAAAACCUCUCCAAACUAAAGUGCUCUUUCUUAACAAAUUAUUGCUAACGCAACAGCUAACAGACAAAGACAUAUUAGAAGGAAUGAACUUGGCAGCGGGACCCGUCAAUGUCACCAUCCCUCGAGACAUAACGCCGCAGGAAGAAAAGGACAAAGUUGAACUAAAACGUCAAAAAGCAGAGAAUAUGGAUCUUCAUCCGAGCAGGAAGGUGCAUAUUGAGGAACUUUUACACUCUUUGGACUUAGAUACGAGUAAUCACGAGGACGUUUAUAAGAAAAUAUCACUUUACAUACAGAAAAACGAGGAAAGUAAGACUUCAGUGGGCGCCUCGAAACAAAACCACGUAGAUAUCGAUAUAAAAUCCUUAAAACGAUAUCUACAAAACAUCGAGAAGAAGGCACAUCAGAAAAAUGCUAUCAAUAAACAAAAGAGAAGUCAAGCUCGCACAUAUGAAUGGAACACUGAAUCUUUCUCUGAAACAAUACCAUUGUCAGCUGGGAAUAUCUUGUUCAAAAGGAAACCCAAUCACUCAUGGAAGCGUUUUCAAAAUGGAAUAAGCAUAUUCUUAAAUACAAAGAGGGGAAAAAAAAAAGCUGAAAAUAGUAACAGAGUCCUCCAAGGGAACAAUAUAUUAUUACACUCAUUAGAAAACAAUAAAGAUGUGACUUUGUCCAAUAACAUUGACCAUAGUGUCUUUAACAUCAAUUUCACAGACUUAUUUGGCGUCAUUAAUGCAUCUGGGUACCCACCAGAUAGAAUUUUGAACGAGAUCAAUGACAUCGAGUUAAAAGGUUGGAAAUGCGUAGGGAAUUUAUACGAUAAUAACAAAAUAGUGGUUUUUCAAAGUAGCUAUCCAUUCUUAGAGGAUGGGGAGGCCUCUGAAAAGUCUUUCACUAAUCUAAAAACAUUUCUUAUUUCACUCACAGCAUUACUGGCCUCUUUUUUUGCAUUCUAUAGAUACCGCCUCUCUCAACGUGAAGAAUCAAAAGGAUGA